UAUGGCCGACAACAACGUAGUUUUUGACGAACUCAGUAAAAUUGAAUCAUUAGGUUAUUGCCUAAUGCUAGCUAUUUUGUAUGUUUUAGUAUUUUAUAUAUGGAAUGUGCCAUAUCAUCGAGACCAUCCCUCUACCAUCAAGUUACGAUGCAUCAGAGCAAUUGGAUUCAGUAUUGUGGCACCGAUCUUUAUUAAAUACGUAUCGCAGACAUCUCCAAAAGGUGUACCUGUUCAAAGAUGGCUUGGUAUUCAUGGCGAGAAUCUUAAUAAAGCAGCUGUUUUCCCUUCGCUGUUAAUUAUGAUACUAUUUGCUGGUCCUUUAACGAUGAUGUGUUUAGCAGAAGAAUUACCUCUAAUGAAAAAAUUUUCACCGUCAUUUGACCUGAUAAACAUAAGAAAUCUAAUAAUCGCUCCAAUAACAGAAGAGUUUAUUUACAGAGCAUGUAUGAUUCCAUUGCUGGUCCCGUCAUUUGGUUUGAUGGGUGCAAUUUUUAUUUGUCCCUUGUUGUUUGGUGUUGCUCACUUCCAUCAUGCCAUCGAAAGACUACAAGGAUCUAAGUCCAACGUGUUGAUUGUAACAUUCUUUCAGUUUAGCUACACGACCUUAUUUGGCGUCUACUCAGCAUUCAUAUUUGUACGAACAGGUCACUUGAUUGGCUCAUUUAUUUCUCAUAGUUUUUGUAAUUACAUGGGUGUUCCCGAAUUUGAACAAAUAAACAACACAAAGUUUCCGAAAGUUGUGGCUGGAAUGUUCGUUAUUGGACUCGUACUCUUUUUAUGUUUCCUCUUUCCACUGACAGAGCCAAAUAUGUACAAUAGUAUUUACUUUAAAUGAAUGAAAAUUAUGAUUUAUAGAAAUGCAAGCAAAUGGGUGAUGUUUAUAGAAGUGUGUUAACAAUCUCGUUGUGAUAUUAUGCAUUAACUAUAUAAAUGAAUCAUGUGAAUGAUGAUUGAACAAGGUUGUAUAGAUGCAUGCAAUUUCAAUAUAACUUUUAUGUUGUGUAAGAGCAAUGAAGAUUGAAAAUAUAAUUAUUUUGUAUAAUUCCACAAUCUA